CAGCCAACUUGGGCAGCUCUCAGAGAAGUCACCGCUGGAAAAUUUAAAUCGUCAGGAUUUAAACCUGAUUCGGACAGGGACAAUCUCAAACAUGGCCUAUUCCUGUUUCUGAAACCCGCAAUGAGGACCCGUCCGAUACCUGCCUGCAUGUUUCUGAAAAAAGGGACUUGACUUCAAACCAGCUCCACAAUCUCUGGAUCAUUAAGCAGGAAUUUUUACUAAGAUGAGUGCGCUAUUGAUGUGCUGCGUUUUACUGCUGUGUUUAUGCGGAUCAGGACUCGGAGAGCUGGACAAAUGCAGCGAGGUCCAUAAAGUUUUUCAAGUCAGGCAAAUCGGACCAAAUCAGAUUUUGCCUUCAAGUCCAAGAUCGGGUUCCGAACUUCAGGUGUGCACAUCCAAAAGCUCGACAUGCUGUUCCAAAAAGAUGGAGGAGAAGUACCAGGUGGCAGCCCGGCGAGACGUCCAGAACCUCAUGCAGACCUACAGCUCCAGACUCAAGCUUCUUCUGUCACGCUACGUGGCUGCUUUUCAAGAGACCUUUGAGGUUCUGAUGAGGCAGGCGGAGAAUCACACCAAUGUCGUCCUCCAGGCAUCUUAUCAGAAAAUAGCUGAUCCUGCUGCUGGUUCAGUGGGGGAACUUUUUACCGACGUCGGUCUAUUCCUGCUGGGUUCUGAGCUCAACGUUGAUGAGUUUGUGCAGCGCUUCUUCGACGCCCUUCUCCCGCUGGUCUACAGUCACUACAUAAACCCAGGUGUCAGUGACACAUCACCAGGCUAUGCAGAGUGUGUGAGGUCCCUUAACCGCAUUAUCAAGCCAUUUGGUGUAGUGCCGGACCUCCUUGCUGAUCAGAUUGCUACCUCUGGGGUCUCUGGGAAGCUGCUGCUGCAGGCCCUGCACCUUGGCAUCGAGGUUAUUAAUACCACAGACCAUUUACAGCUGAGCCGUGAAUGCAGGCGAGCCCUGCUCAAGAUGCAGUACUGUCCUCAUUGUCAGGGCAUAACCCAUUCCAAGCCCUGCAUGGGAUACUGCCUCAACGUAAUGCGGGGGUGUCUGGCGAGCAUGGCUGAGAUCGACACCCACUGGAGGGAGUUUGUUCGCUCGCUGGAGGGCCUGUCAGCGAGGAUGCAUGGAUCUCAGGAUUUGGAGCAAGUGCUUCUGGGAGCUCACACGAUGCUUCACGAUGCUAUCGGGCAUGCUCAGAAAAAUGGACCUCGCCUCUCAGCACAGGUCCACAAACUGUGCGGCCCACCAAUCAGGAAGCCUGCGCAGUCGGUCAGCAUCCAGGACACGAACAGCAGAGUGUCCAUCCCGCUCAAAGCUCUGAACAGGCGAUCAGAAGAUUCGUUGUCUGUCAUGAGAAAGGACUUUCUGAAGACUCUGCGUACCUUCAGCAUAUUCUACGGUGGCCUGGCAGAUCAGAUGUGCUUGCAGGAACUUUCGUCUGGUGACGGGGUGCCCUGCUGGAAUGGAACAAACAUUGUGAAGAGCUACACACGGCGUGUAGUUGGAAAUGGAGUCAGAGCCCAGAGUACCAACCCUGAAGUCAAAGUGAAAGGAGAAGACCCUAUAAUAAACCAGAUCAUCGACAAACUGAAACACAUCAAUCAGUUGUUGCAAGGGAAGACCAUCCCUAAACUGGGAUCACUGGACCAGAUUGAAACAGGAAGUGGAGACUCAGAAGGACAUUACAGCGGUGACUGCGAUGAUGAGGAUGGAUGUGCAGGUUCAGGUGGCAGUGAGAUUAACAAGAAAGUCUCCAAAAUGAGUCCAGAUGUGACCAGUGAUUACAAACAUCAUCAUUAUCAUCAUCCACCUGCCAAGGAUUCAGAAAUAGAUGGCAACUCUCACAGCCACAGACUGACUGGAGCCAUCUGGGUCAUAGCAUUGCCUUGCUUACAUGUGAUCUUGGACUUGUAAUAGCUGUCUUUUUUGCUCCAUUAAAGAUUAAAUUAAGAUGUUAAGCUUUUUUGCCUCAAGAUGAAAAAGCCAGAGGACGUAAUUAGUUACAAUAUAAUAACGGCUUGGACAGAACCUCUAUUGAUUGAAGUAAGACUGUAUAUUGUGACUUGAAAAUACCAGUUAUUUUAAAAAAGGUAAUGGGUAUUUAUGAACACUAAUAAUGACGUAUUUAUAGGAAAGAUAAGAACAUAACUAUGUUUAAAUGUUUUGUCUGAAAUGAAUUACAUUACUGUACAUUUAGUAAAUACUCUGUAAAUAUGUAUGCAUUACUGUACUUCUGCAAAGCUCACUACAGAUUGUUUUGAAAAGGGAUCUAUAUCUCCUGCAGCUGCAAUAUUUGUAUAUGGUGAUACUGAGUUUUUAUAAAAGGCUGUCAUAACAAUUA